AUGGACCCCCCCGCCGCUUUCGAAAGGUGCUACCCUGAGCUGGGUGCGCUGCGCCUGCACUUCGACGUGCUGGACUCCACCCAACUGUACUGCAAACGGAACAUGGCACGUCUGCUACAAAAUGGGACUCUACAAGACGAUAAAAGUAUAGUGGUGGUGACUUGCAACGAACAGACAAAUGGAAUCGGGACCAGAGACACAAAGAAGAAGCAAGACAGAAUAUGGCUGUCGGAAAGGGGAAAUAUUUUUACUACCUUUGUUCUUCUGUGGAAAAGGGAAGACUCAGAAAAGGUGAAAUACCUAGCACAAACUUCCACUGUGGCAGUGAGCAAAACAUUGGAGCACUUCCAUUUGGUAACACAGAUCAAAUGGAUUAAUGAUGUCCUCGUAAAUGAGAAAAAAAUAGCCGGUUGCCUUGUUAAUUUGUACUACCUCGAUGAGUUUCCCUCCUUGCUAAACCGUUAUGUAUGUGUGAUGGUUGGUAUAGGAAUUAACAUAACCCUAACAGAUAAGGAGAACCUCUUAGGGAAUAACUACACUUCAGUGCAGAAGGAACUAGAGCGAGAUUUUAACAAUUUGUCUUUAAUCCCAUCAUUAGAGGACGUGACGGAAAAUUUGAUCUCAAAUUUUAGGGCAGUAUUGACUGAACUGAAAGAGGAGGGAUUUUCUUCCUUCCUCGAUUACAUAACACCAAGGCUUUUGUACAAAGACAAGAACGUUGUUGUCGAUACAGAUCACGAGUUGAUUGAUGGGCACCUCCAAGGGCUGCUCCACGACGGCUCCCUGCUACUCCUUCGGGGCAAGAACGAACUCGUCCGCGUGAACACGGGGCACCUGCGCCUCUUCGACGGCCGCCCCGGUUGA